GAUAGGGGGGACUUUCCAACAAUAUCCCUGUCUUUUGUUCAUGAAUAAAUUUACAGCUAUGCAAACAAAAAGAAUGUGAUCAUGUAUAGAACUCUUGUGUCGUCGAUGAUUUGGUGGUACUUAAUCUGAACGUUUAUAAUAUUUCUGUUAUAAACUAUAUAAAAGAUCACAUUUACUUUAAAGGUUUGAAUGCACAACAUGUUUUGCUAAUUAUUUUCCUAUCAAUCAAAGAAAUCCGAAGGUACGACCUCAUAUGCAUUAAUGCGUUUGUGAAAGAUCAGAGGGUGUCUAAUUGACCACAAAAGAAAGAACGACUUAACUGGUGACAGCUUUUUCUGGAAUUAUUUAAACCAAGGUGUGCAAAUAGGUUUCUACAUAUCUUAGAAUUUUGACAGGAUACAGCAUUUGAAAUCCCUACGACAGUCAGGUUAAUCAGACAACCAUGAAGGACAGCUGCCUUGGGCUAGUACUGGUCCCGUUAUUGGUAUUGUGCAUCAGUGCGCACGUGGGUAAAAAGAAGCCGAAUUGCGCAGUGGUCCGCUGCUCGUUUCCUACGUGUCCUCCAGGCGAGGUACGAAUAAGAAAACCCAACGAAUGCUGUUUCUCCUGUGUGAAAACGGGACCAUGUCGAUACGGCACUGACGGGAACAUUUGCGGCACAGAGACAUUAAAACAAUGCGAAAAUGCCUACACGAACUGCGUUGUCCCAGUAAAGCCGAAGUACGCCGAAGGGAAAUGCUGCUAUAACUCGAAAGAAUCAAAUCCCUGUAGGUAUGGAGAUGAUGGGACAAUCUGCGGCACACCUUUUAGACCCAAAUGCGAAAAUCCUGGGACUUCUUGCGUGGGCCGAAGUUUCGCAGGAACUGCUGGAAAAUGUUGCUUUAACGGCAAAAAGAAAGGGAAAUGCCCGGCGCUUCAGGGUGUAGGGACAUGUCCAGUACAGUGCAGAUUUGAUACUGACUGUCAAGGAAAGAAGAAGUGUUGCUUCAAUGGUUGCGGUGUUGUGUGCAGCGACCCAGUAUAUUAAAGAAAGGGAUGCGAAGUCUGA